CCAUUUGCAUAUACGCGCUAUUUUUUUAAAUUAUGAGAUGUAAAGUGACGUUGUAUAUAUUGUGGUACUCUACAGCUCCAUGAACUUUUUCAAAAGAACACAUUCCAUUUGGACGUAACAAUGAUGACGUCAAACGACGUAUUGUACGGCGUCAGGAAUGCGAUAGGAUGCAAGAAUUUCUCAAUAUAUGAUUUAAGGACUAUAUAAAAUAUGUAACGCUAAUGUAUAUAAUAUAUGAAUUUUUAACAACAUAAGUCUUAAAGAAGGCAAUGUUUACGUGGUUACGUAGUAAAUUUGAGGACAUGGAAACGAUAUAGAAAACAUAGGAGGAAAAUCGUGUUUCUUAUUACAUUACAGAUGGCGGUGGCGUCAGUCAUCCAUUAGUCGUCGGACAGUACGCUUGUGCUGUGUAAAAUUUGCGUGGGUAUUUAGUGAAAUAAACGUAGAACUUGGUAUAAAUUCACUUUUCCUGUGUAAAAUUCCGGCUGAAUAUUAUUUAUCUAUACUCCUUCAAUAUAUUGUUAUUUCUGCCACUAUCCCAUCAUGAUGAUGACAACUAAAAGAUUGUAGGGUGGUAGGUCAAAGAGCCAUACAGCUUCCAUUCUUGCUACUCUGGCCCAAUCUGUAAGGAUGAGAGUAGUUGCACUCAUUAGUGGUGGAAAAGAUAGUUGUUACAACAUGGUCCAGUGUGUUGCUGCUGGUCAUGAAAUUGCAGCCUUGGCAAAUCUUCGACCAGAUAAUAAAGCAGAUGAAUUAGACAGCUAUAUGUACCAGACAGUCGGCCAUCAAGGGGUUGAACUAUAUGCAGAAGCGAUGGGUUUGCCAUUAUUUAGACAGCCAACUCAAGGUGUUGCUUUACUUCAAGACCAAGUUUACACUCCUACACCAGAAGAUGAAGUUGAAGAUUUGUUUCAGCUGCUCAAGAAAGUUAAAGAUGAAAUCGAUGUGGAUGCUGUGGCCGUUGGAGCCAUUUUAUCCGAUUAUCAACGAAUCAGGGUUGAAAAUGUGUGUGCUCGUCUUGGCCUUGUUGCCCUGGCCUAUUUAUGGCGCCGAGACCAAGAGGAAUUACUUCAAGAAAUGAUAGACUGUCAUAUUGAGGCAGUUGUCAUAAAAGUUGCAGCAUUGGGACUUGAUCCUUCAAAGCAUCUUGGGAUGACAAUAGCUGAUCUUCAGCCUCAUAUUGUGAAGCUGAAAGAAAAAUACGGAUUAAAUAUAUGUGGCGAAGGUGGAGAGUAUGAAACAUUUACUCUCGAUUGUCCAUUGUUUAUCAAGACUAUUGUCAUAGAUGAAUAUGAGACAGUGAUCCAUUCUAAUGAUGCUAUUGCUCCAGUGGGUUAUCUGAACUUCAAAGGUCUUCGACUUCUUGAGAAAGAGAAUGUAAAUCCUCUGAGCAGCAUGUCAGAACGGAUCUGCAACAUCCCUGUCAAAACUUGGCUUGAUCUUAUCAGUGAUCUUAAUGAAUGUGUAACUGAAGGCAAACUAGUGGAUCAUGGGGAAAUGGAUGAGGAUUCAGUGGAGGAACCUCUACCUCCAUUUAAUCCGAGCAGUCCUCCUCAUACACCAGAAAAUCAUUCCUAUUUGUUGGAAGAAUCAUGUCUAGAAGCAGGACUUGCAACUCAAGUAGCAUGGGAAGACACUCCACUACCAGCUGUCACAACAUCAAAAUGUAAUGAAUCAGGAUGGUGCUGGAUUGGUGGUGUGAUUGGUGAAGGAGAAGACUGUGUUUUAGCAACAAGGCAAGCGCUUCGCAAACUUAAUACCAUUGUAACAAACCAACUGUUAACAAUUGGAGACUUAGUGGCAGUAUCAUUAUAUGUUCGUGACAUGCGUCAUUACACUGCCAUAAACUCAGAGUACCUGAAACUUUUUCGUGGGAGCAAUCCACCUGUUCGGAUCUGUGUGGAGGCACCUUUGCCUCCUAGCACACCUAUUUUGCUGGAAGUUCUAGGCUAUCGAACAGCUCCCCAACAAGGUGACGACCAGAGCAUCCCAAGUUGUACAAGACGUACUAUGCAUGUUCAGGGUGUGUCUCAUUGGGCCCCAGCAAACAUUGGACCUUAUAGCCAAGCAGUGAGGGUUGGAGACAUAAUAUAUGUGGCUGGCCAAAUUGCUUUGGUUCCUGGGACAAUGCAGUUGGUGGAAGGAGGAGUUAGGAAGCAGUGUCGGUUGGCCUUGCGCCAUGUUGGCAGAAUUAUAAAGGCCAUGGAUCCAAAUACCCAACUCAGGGAUGUUGUACAGGGAAUCUGCUAUGUAACUCAUCCAUCAUAUAUCCCAGAAGCUUGUCGUGAAUGGGAGAAAAGAACCAACAAUGCCAUUGUUGAUUAUGUAGUAGUUCCUCAACUGCCUCGUGGUGCAUUGUUGGAGUGGCAUAUCUGGGCCCAUCGGCAUAACAACAUGUUUGAAUAUGAAGAGACAGGACGCUGUGUAAGUGGCUUCAGGGUAUCUAUUCGUAGGCGUUGGAAUUACGAGAAUAAUGUUUCUGCCAUAGUCUGUUAUGUAUCAGCAGCUGCCUCUAAUUCAAGUGUGGUUCUGACUGAGGAAUGGAAAGAAGACUUCUCACCCAACCAACUGAGUGAUGAGAACUUGUCAGAAAUUCUAUGCUACGCUUUGUCCAAACUUCUCCAUGAUGUAGAAUCUACCACUGUGUGCAGUUUGCGCAUCUUCUGCAAGGUUGGGACAGCACCUGCACCAUGCCAGAUACAGAAUGUUCUCAGUAAAGCAGAACAUUUCAACAUUGUUCACAGCAUUAUACCAGUAUGCCAUCUUCAUAAUGCCCAUACUUUCCUGUCAGUAUGUGGUGUUAGACAUAACUGAGGUGGUUUGUACUGUGACUUGGAACUUACUCUGGGAUUUUAUUCAAUGAAGUAACACUAACUGUGUUAGAAGUUAAUUCUUAGUUAAGGGUGACUCAGAUUUUGUCUUAUGUGCACCCCUCAUGAAGACUGAUGCAUAACACUAUUCUGCUUUGCAUAGUAUGCACACUUUGCUUCUUUGUUUUAGUUCCUUUCAGAAAGCUGGUAUAAGUCUGUGGUUCUUUCAAAUAUUAUUUAAAAUAUCCUAACCAUGAAUUAGGUGAUGGUAAGUAAAGUUACCAGCAUACAUUUCGUAAUGUAUGAAAAUAUUUAGCAGCACACUGGAUGAUGGUAUAAUUGAUGAAAAUACACCAUUAUAAGUUGUGCGUAAAGUUAUUUAUAUUUUUUUUUAAACAAACAGGAUUCUUUGAGGGCCCUUAGCAGUUUACAUGAUGCCAGAAAAGAGACUUUUACGUUUCCUGUAUGUCAGCCAUUGGAGAUAUGCAUAUAAGUGGAGCUGAUGCUUGCUAUUCCCCUCCCCCGCCACUUCUUGGUGGGGUGCACAAAAUAGACAUGUAUGUUUGUGGUAAUGAGAAAAUGAGUGAUUGUUUUCAAGGUUUUUGUAUGGAAAUGACAAUUGAGAUAGUUAGGGGCAUGGUAAUUACUUCCAGACAGAUUAAUGCUUAUAAAACACCAGUUUACAUGCCACUGUAAGUAGACUGCAAUUGGUUGCAAUCGCCACACAAACAGUUCAGGAAUUCAUAAAAUGCUUUACCUGUACAAUGACGUAUCAGAUAUGUUUGCAGAGUAUGCCUUUUUAUGUUUGUUUCUUUGUAUGUGUGUAGUGGUCAAGAGAUGAGGGGAAGUAAUCAGAGUGACAAAAUCUGCAUCAACAGUGGGUUUUUUAAAAAAAAAUUCUACCUAAUCUUCUGUCAUUUCCAAGUGUCUGUUAAAACAUUAUUAAAAGAAAUUCUCACAGUUUUGAUUUUGAGACAAAUCUUUGUGCUAUAUUCUUGGUAUAUGUGUGGGUUCAAGGAAUGUAACACAAAACUAAGAGUGCUAUGUGUUAAAUCUGUCAUGUACAUGCAAUUCGUUCUCGUCAGUUAUUUGCAAGUUAUAGCAUACCCCUUUUCAGACUUACUGCAUUGAUGUAGGAACUAUACCUAUCACAUUUUGCUCAAAUAGAUUUAUUUGUACUUUGCUUUUCUUAUUUUUAUUAUAGCAUUUUAUAGUGUGAGUGGGAUUGCUGCGAGAGUGGAAUGUCAGCCUGUCAUUCUUAGUACCAUGUUUUAUAUGUUAAGGACUGUAUCAGUAAUUCCAAACACAAAUUAUAAUUUAAGUUGGCAAUGAAAAAUGAUUAUUAUUGGAAUAAAUGUUAUUUUUGCUUCCA